UUCUUCGCUCUCAUCAUGUUGGUGGGGCUGGUGGGCAACUCGCUGGUCAUCUACGUGAUCACCAAACACAGGCAGAUGAGGACAGUCACUAACUUUUAUAUCGCCAAUCUGGCCGCCACUGAUAUCAUUUUCUUGGUUUGCUGUGUUCCUUUCACCGCCACUCUCUAUCCCUUGCCCAGUUGGAUCUUUGGCGACUUCAUGUGCAAAUUUGUUAACUAUCUCCAGCAGGUUACUGUUCAGGCCACCUGCAUCACUCUCACUGCCAUGAGUGCUGAUCGUUGCUAUGCCACAGUGUACCCGUUGAAGUCACUCCGCCACCGUACUCCGAGGGUUGCUAUGGCAGUCAGUGUAGGCAUCUGGAUAGGUUCAUUUGUCCUCUCCAUUCCUGUUGUGAUCUACCACACACUGGACACCGGAUACUGGUAUGGGCCACAGACCUACUGUAUUGAAUCAUUUCCAUCAAUUCAUGACCAACAGGCCUAUAUUCUCUACACAUUUCUAGCUGUGUACCUGUUACCUCUCAUCACAAUCUGCAUCUGCUAUGCCUUCAUGCUGAAAAGAAUGAGCCGUCCAGUGGUGGAACCAGUGGACAAUAACUACCAGGUACAACUUUUGGCAGAGAGAUCAGAGGCUGUCCGCUCUAAAGUUUCAAAGAUGGUGGUUGUGAUCGUCCUAUUGUUUACAGUCUGUUGGGGUCCGAUUCAGCUGUUCAUCCUUUUUCAGGCAUUUGACUCCAGCUUCAAGCGAAACUACAACACCUACAAGAUCAAAAUCUGGGCACAUUGCAUGUCUUAUUCCAACUCCUCAAUCAAUCCUAUUGUGUAUGCCUUCAUGGGGGCCAACUUCAGGAAAUCUUUUAAAACUGUCUUUCCUUUCUUGUUCAAGAAGAGAGUCGGAAGCACUGGUGGGGCAGCUGUAAAUACAGAGAUGCAUUUCUUGUCAUCUGGGACGUAACCUUUACAUGUGACUAGAAGCAAAAAUGAACACAUUGCAUAGAGAGA